UGUGAAACUUAAUAUAACAUUAAAUCUGCGAAGAUUUGGUGAUAUAGCUGGCUUGUACGUACCUCAACUUAAGAAUUGUAUGUUUCAUUGGCUGCGUGUCACGCCGGAGAUAGCUAACGAAAUGGUGGCUCCUCUUGAGCGUGGAUUUUUAUUUAAGUGAUGUGGAAUAGGAACAAACUCCGGACCCCUUGAGUUAGACAGUUGAAGUAGCCGUCCAUCGCCAAAGUACGGCAUGGUGGCAUAUUGGCUGUUGUCUGGAAGCACAAAUGUUCCAAUUAAGCCUCCAAAACCAAGAUGAUGAGCAUGAAACUAAACGGGGUUUGCAUGUAUUUUUAAACGUAUAUAUAGCAGAAGUAUGGAAAAGUCAUAUCCGCUGUUUUCUGAAAAUAGACCAAAAUGUAAUAUUAUGGGUAUUAGAGUUCUGUGUGUUUUCGAGAACUAGGCAAGUCGAUGGAUAGAAGUUGGCAGAUGAGACUCACGGUCUAUCGGUCUGUCGACGUCCUUAUUCUCGUCUAUCAUCAUGAGACAGAGAAAGUGGUCAAAAUGAGUUUUCUCUACAGCUUGCUGGACACACUUUUAGUAACAGGAUGUGGAAUUUGGUGAUCUGCUGGAACUUUAAAAGAUUCACUGUUCCUUUGGAUUAAGACAAGUCAGCUGAGGUGGUCCAGGCAUCAAAUAAGGGUGUCAGCCCGGUUGGUCUGUGGUUCUGAGGAUGAACCACUGGGGGAGAGGCUGUGAGACAGACCCAUGACAUUCUGGUGGGGUUAAAUCUACCAGCUGAUUUGGGAUCGCCCAGGGAUACCCUAAAGGAAUUUUGAAGGAGAAGCAGUUUUGAAGAUGGGUGACUAUUUUACAAUUCAUGGUAGUCAGAAUCGGCUAUAUUCUUCAUUUUGAAAAAUCCCAUUAAUCUAAAUGUAUGAUUAAAAAAAUUCACUAGUAGGUAUGGAAUAUGCAUCUCACUUUAGUUCCUACAUCCAGAGAUGCUUCUUAAAGGAAAUCCGUGAUUUUUAUUGUGCACUAGCAGGUAUUCCUGACAGUCAUACAACUUCCUGUUGGUGUUACAGCUCUGGGCCACACUGACAUCUAGCAGAUGUCAGAGACCAGUGACAAAGUGUCCCAGCCUCAGGCAGGCACGGCUGCAGCAGAUAUGGACCCUGUGGAGUUCACCUUGCGCAAGCGGCUGCCCCGAAAGCUCCCACGACGCCGGAAUGAUGUCUAUGUCAACAUGAAGACUGAUUUCCGUGCACAGCUAGCCCGCUGCCAGAAGCUGCUUGAUGCGGCCGGAUCAGGCCACAGGGAGAUAUAUAUCCACGGCCUGGGCUUAGCUAUCAGCCGUGCCAUCAACAUUGCAUUGCAGCUCCAAGCCUGCAGCCAGGGGGCACUGCAGUUGGCUGCAAACACCUCCACUGUGGAGCUGGUGGAUGACCUUGAGCCAGAUGACCCAGAUGAGGGAGAAGUCCUGACCCGCACCCGCAACAAUUCUGCCAUCCACAUUAAAGUGUUUUAUCCGGACCCACAGUGACAGCUGAGCUCCAUUGGAGGCCAGGGGUCCCUUGCCUGUGUUUAAAGUCCACUAAUGAUGGUCAAAAACAACACCUCAUUAACUAUUUGUGGCAUUUCUUCAUCCCAUGAGAUGGUGCUCUUGAGGCAUGUUUUAUUUGCUUUUAUUUUAACAGAUAGCACCAUCUAGUGGGGUCAAAAUAUACCGCAAAUGGUUCAUGAAGUGUCAUUUUUGCUAUCACUGUGCACCAAUGAGUUGAGGAGAUCCUAAGAAUUCUGGUAGAUACCGGAGUCAUACGCUUGUCACAAGGUCAGUCUGUGCCAUUUCCAGGUUCUGUCUUUUGUUUUAAUGGUUUCAGUCCUAUAGCUUUUCAUGUUUUUGGUGAAUUUUGUGCCGUUGGGCCUCCUGGCCUGUGUAAAAUGUACUUUGUGAAGGGAGAUUAAAUAAGCUGAAAAUAAUUACAGGUGUAAUUUUGUACCUUGGGGCAACUACCUUAAUGUAUUUUUUGCUGACAGUUCUCAAACAUACUGGUCAGUUGUGGUAGCAGGAUGUGUCAAUAGAAGCUUCUUGAAUCUUUGUGGCUAUUGUUUAUCUAAAAUUGGAAUGUAUGCAUGGUUUUCAUGUUAAAUCUCUGUGAAUUAAAGUUAAUAAGAUUCAAAACUGA